UAAUAAAACUGUUACGAGUUAAGCAACCAGAAGAGCUUCAUUCAUUCAUUCUCUAUUCGUAUUACUAAUAAUCAAUCAAGCAAUAGCAAAUUGAAGCCGCGACCAUAAGAUAUAUGGAGAGUAGGGAAGAAGGGCCCAAAUCAUGGGAUGAGCUAUACGCCAUUGAUUUGAUGCCUUCCGAGCUGUUUCUCAAGUUCCGAGAGCAACUCCAUGGCUUUCGUCUCGGUCUUAAUUUGGAGUUCUACAAUUCCCCAGUCAACGAGUGCCAGACAAAGUUUGUUUUAAAGCCGUUAUCAAAUGAGCGAAGAUGGAAAUUCAUAUACGAGCCUUUACAUCAUGAUGUACGCCUUGUUUCCAAGAAGAUCCCAAUAACCAAAUUUCUAAAUCUCCAGGUAGGAAUAGGUCACAGUUUUCAGCUGCGUGCCACUGGUUGGAAAUGGAAGCUAACAACUUGUUUAGGCGGUGAUGGUGUAUCUCGAAUACGCAACAAAACAUCUCUUGGACUGUGCCCUGGUGUUGAUAUGCGUUUUGGAUGGAGGGCAGACUAUGUUCUUCCAGAAUUUACAGGGGCUGUAGGGACUGGCGAAGCAUUAUUUAACAUGAACUCUGGUCGAUUAGAAGCAUCACUUGACAGAAUCGAGACCAUAUUAACCCAUACUUCUAAUUGGUCUCCAAAUGAUCAGGUAUCAAGUACAUCUGCUUGAGUGGCAGUUUUUGUGUAGCAUCAUCUAUGAAUGUUGUAAUUAUGGAAGGAUUACUCUUGAAGCCCAGUUUUUACAGCAGGCGUAUUUAGCUUUUA